GCAAUAACCUGCACUUUCAAACUGAAGUUCUAUCUUAACUGCUUUUAGCGCCACAAACAGUAAUCAUGUCCCUCGUCGAAGAAAACUGGCAAACAACAAGACUAACUAUCAGAGAAAGAGCCAAGUUUGUUUUCAACAACGACCGCUUCAGCGAUAUCAAGUUCACUGUUUGGAAGGUGGAUGGUGAAAGCGAAGGUAAACAAACGAUUCCAGCUCACAAGUUCGUGCUGUCGAUCAGUAGUCCUGUGUUUGAAGCCAUGUUUUACGGUGAGUUGGCGGAGACUAAAGACUCCAUUGAACUGCCUGACUGUGAGUACGAGAGUCUGCUGGAGUUGUUUCGUUACUUGUACAGCGAUGAAGUGAACUUGAGCGGAAGUACUGUGAUGGGAGUGUUGUAUUUGGCGAAGAAAUACAUGGUGCCUUCACUCGCUGAAAAAUGUGCCGAAUAUCUCCUCAAAAGCCUGGAUCUAUCUAAUGUUUUCAGUAUCCUUCCCUCUGCUCAGAUAUAUGAAGAGAAAGACCUGGUGGAAAGAUGCUGGAAAGUGAUCGACGAAAAGGCAGAGGAAGUUGUAGAAUCAGACGGAUUUGCGACAAUUGAGAGGUCCUUACUUGGGUCAAUAGUCGUAAGAGACACUCUGGCAAUUGAAGAGAUAGAUCUGUUCAAAGCAGUUGACAUGUGGGCCACUAAACAAUGCGAAAGGCAAGGCUUAGAGGCGGAUGGUGAAACGAAAAGAAGAAUUCUCGGAGAACAAACAGUUACGGCGAUACGCUUCCCUACAAUGAGUCAGGAAGAUUUUAUGAAUGUUGUUUUACUCACUGAUAUUCUUACAAAAGCCGAAAUUGCCAGUGUUGCUAGACACGUAAGCUUUAACUCCAAGUUUCCAGCGGUAUUUCCCGAAACAACAAGAUCUGGUUCAGCUGGUAAAAUUCAACGAUGUUGUAGAUUCAACUCACCACCUCGCAGUACAUGGGCGUACAAAGGCAGGCCAGAUGUCAUCGAUUUCUCUACAGACAGAGACAUUACCUUAUGUGGAUUAUGCCUCAAUCGUAAAGAGGACAGCACUUAGUGCGUAGACUUCAACCUGAAGACGGUCGGAUCUGAGACAGUGUCAAUGUCUUUGCAAACUGGACCAUUGCACACAAAUCAAUUACAGGCCAAGAAUUUCAAUUAUAGCGGUGUUGAACUGAAUUUCAGCACAGAAACCAUGUUAAAGAAAAACACCCGAUACCGUUUAAGUGCUUUAAUAAGAGGUCCUAUUUCAAAGCGUGGAGUCAACGGUGUCAGUUCCGUUCAGCGUUCAGGAGUAACUUUCACAUUCAUGAACAGUGACACUGCAAAAGAUAAUGGAAGUUCUGUUAUUUCUGGGCAGUUUCCCGAACUGAUCUUUCGUCUUAAAUAAUCAAUGAAUGAUAAAACAGUCUGGCUGUUUAGUAUCUGAUGGGUAUUCUGAACGCUGAAGGCACUUUUUCUGACUUUUCAAUGAUCUUACUAAAUUUGUCGAGAUGUUUAUCCUCAGUAUCAUGGGAUCAUUGUUGUUGAUGACUUUAACAUAGACAUGCUACAAAAUAAGAGAAAACAGACUUAAGACGAUCUUUAGUGUUGCCGGUUUUACUCAGAUAAUUAAUACUGCUUGACUUGCACCUAGCAUAACAUCUUCGACUGUCAAUCGUUCCUUUUUCAUUUAAAUCUUCAUUGACGACAUUGGGUGCUACUUUUCAACCUCAAAUGAGUUUAUGUUUCAAAGCCAAAUUUCCGCACGCAAGUUCAACCCCAUCAAUGAUAUCCGUGGUUUGUAGUGCUCAUAAUGGACAUGGCGUUCUUGCAACAAUAAGCAACACAAAGUUUGAGACAAUUGCCUAUGUUUCUGAAUGUUGGACAAAUUAUUCCUCUCGCUGAUUAGAUUCCGCUGAUGCCCGACCCCGGCUGCUUUGUUGUGUAUGACAACAUUGAGAAGGGAAACUAGGAAGCAUAAGGAGACAAUGCGACCGUAAGAAAAAAAAAAAUAAUUUUCAUAGACAAAAUGUCUCACCUCCUUUUGUCGCUUAUUGUGGCUUGCUGUACUGUCACCUUUGUUAGGCAAUUUUCAUUUCCUUACUCCUUGAACCCUUCUUUUGUGCACGGACUAACUCUUCCUGCAUAUACCGAGAUUCGCACGCGAAAAAUACAAUAAAUUGCG